UCGAAUUUACUCUUUUCUUUCUUAUAGAUUGUGAUGUUUUGUCUUACAACAUUGUUGUUGUUGUCUCUUUGCGUGAGGAAUUUCUGGCGUGGGGAAUUUUUUCUAACCGAGUUGUGUCUCGGACACAGCUAGUUUAGCAAGUAGUUUAUAAUAGUCAGUCAAGAUUUUGUUGUAAAAUUUUGAUGCGUUUUCAUGUUUUUCUUUCUAUAAAAGAGGACAGUGGUUUCCAAGAUGGGUUACCAUACAUGCCCGAUCAUUUUAAAGUCUUGACCUUUUUUACCAUUUCAUUCCUUCUGAGAUCCAAAAGGAUGUGUGAAAAUGCAGCUACAGCAAUGUAUUGUGCUGAAAUUACUUUAUAAAUACCUGUACAUUGUUCUUUUGCAGUAUUGACAAAUGACAGAGCCAGAUACCAAACUGAGCUUGAAGUUAUUGGUUGACAAGAAUGCCAACAAAGUCCUUUUUGCAGAAGCUGGAAAAGAUUUUGUGGACUUUCUGUUCAACCUCCUUUCCUUGCCUGUGGGUACCGUGAUUAGGCUUAUCACAAACGCAACCAUGGUUGGCUGCAUUGGAAAUCUUUACCAGAGCAUUGAAAACCUCAAUCAAACUUACAUGCAGCCUAAUCAAGAUAAGGAUUUGCUUUUAAAGCCCCAUGUGCCAAACCAUGUUGCUAAUGUGCCUAUCUUGCUGCCUGACACUAAUCAAGCCGAGAGAAAGUUGUACAUGCGUGUAAAGCAAUGCCGGUGUACCACAGACUGUAAAGACACCAUUUGUGCUACUUGCAGAAAUCCAAUGUGUUAUGAAGUGAAGUUUGUUGGUGAGAAUAAUUCUACUGCUGAUUCAACCAGUGAGGGAGGAUAUGUGAAGGGAUUGGUUACAUACAUGGUGACUGAUGAUUUGUCAGUGUCACCAAUGUCAAUGAUAUCUGGUGUUGCUCAGCUAAACAAGUUCAAUGUUAGGGAUUUUGGCGCUCUUGAGGAAAGGAUGGCUGAGUUUGGGAUCAAUGGGGGUCUGUAAGUGUUGAAGGCUUCUCUGCAGUCUAAGGCAGCACUUACCGCAGUCUUCCUUUCAAAGCACGAGGUCAAGGUGGAUUUCAUUGCGGGGGGUGAUCUUUCUCAACUCUAAUUUUGCCUCGCAAGAAAUUACAUGUUCUGAUCCCUUCUACGAUUAUUAGAGCAUGCACAUUUUGUUUAGUGCUGCCCUGGUUGUUAGAUUACAACGAAUUCUUUCAUUAAUGUAUGGUGAGAAACGUUAUAUUUUCAUGGCUGGUUUAUUUGCAUGAUGGAAAGGUAAUGGAAUUAAUCAGCCCUUCUUUUCCC